AUGGGUUGUGGGGAAUCAAAGCAUGCUGUUGCAACAGAAAACACCAUUAGCAAAAGUAAAAACGAGAAAUCCAAUUCUAAGAGAAUUGCAGAAAGCUUUGUUGAAGAGAAGGAAAAGUUAAUCAAGGAACCUGUGGCGGAUGGAAAUGUAGAGGAAAGGGGAGGUUUGGAAGAGGGAAAGGAAAAUGCCAAAGUAACUGAUAAUGGAAAUGGAGAAUCAAAGGUGGAGGAAAAUGUGAAAGCAAUGGAAAAUUCUGAAAAGGGAAAGGAAACUGCAAAAGUGGAGGAGGAAAAAGAGGGAGAAAAUGCCAAAGAAACUGAUAAUGGAAAUGGAAAAUCAAAGGUGGAGGAAAAUGUGAAAAUAAUGGAAAAUUCUGAAGUGGAGGAGGAAAAAAAGGGAGGAAAUGCCAAAGAAACUGAUAAUGGAAAUGGAAAAUCUGAGGGUGAAGAAAAUGUGAAUGGAAAGGAAGAAAAAUUGGAGGCACCUGUUAUGGUCGUGGAGGAAAAUAAGGAGGGAAAAUCUGAUGAAAUCAGUGUUCAUCAAGAGGUUGUUGUCGCUGUUCAAGAACCAGAUGUAGAAAAGCUCGAGAGGGAAAAUGAAUCCAUUAUCCCUGAAGAAAAUGCAUCAGAAGGGAAAAUGGAUUUGAAUGAUAAUGUAGAGGGAAAAGAAAUUAUCAAAGAGGCCAAGGAGGAGUCGAAAACUGAAGAGGCUAUGAAGGUGGAAAAUGCAGAAGAGGUGAAAGAAGAAGUGGUGCUGCCAAUUGCUGAAACAGAAGAUUCUGCCACCAAAAAGGAAUAG